AGCUAUGUUAUGUAUUUUUGUAUAUAUAUAUAUAUAUAUAUAUAUAUAUAUGCGUUAUUUCGCUAUUGACAUCAAGCAAGUGUUUCGAUGGAUGAUAGUGUUGACAACCUAUCUAACUAGAGCAAUGUUGCAUUCAAAACAACUAUUCACAUGGUUGUUUUGACUUAAGCAGACAAUACCUAAACGUACAUGUUUUAUUUUUAAUAGCUUAUUAAUAUCAUUACUGGUUUUGUUUCGCCUAUAUUAUAGGACUACAAUUAGUUAACUAUUCAUGCCAUUUUUAACUGCAGAAUUAUUGUUAUACUAGAUUGCUCGAUUCCCUUUAAGUUAAGCAGACAGACAUGUUGUUUGCAAAUGAAACCAGCUUCACUAAGCCUCAGUUAUCUAGUAUUUAUUCUGCUUCUGUCUAGGUGUUCCAAUGUGAUCAUGGCCAGCAGGCAGUUGUGUGAGGGCCAUUCCACACCUGUGCUGUGUGUGGGGGCUUUUGAGGGUGCUGAUGGCUUCUUAGCCUCUGGCUCAGAGGAGGGUGAAGUGACUGUGUGGAAUAAGGAGGGAACUGUGUUAGCAACUCUAGGUCUGGUCAGCAGGGAUGACGUGACUAGUGCUGUGUUCUCCCCGGAGGCUCCAGGCCUGUUGUACGUUUCCCACGGAGAGACUGUGAGCGUAUUGGACCCCCGCAGCCUGAAGGGAGUCGUGGAGGAGCUGCAGGGGGCAGGGAAGGAGGAGAUCAACUCUUUGGCUUUGAACGAGACGGGCUCAGCUCUGGCCGUGGCUGACGACUCGGGGGUGGUCAGGGUGCUCGAGCUGCCAGGCAGCAAAGCAAUCAGGACUCUCCGCCGACACACAAACAUCGUCUCAUCAGUGGCUUUCCGCCCCCUCAGGCCCAACAACCUGGUCUCAGCCGGGCUCGACAUGCAGGUGAUGUUGUGGAGCCUUCAGAAGACCCGCCCACUGUGGACCCUCAACCUGCAGGAAGUGGUGGAGGAGGAAGAUGGGAAUCAGCAGAAGGCCGGUCAGCUCUUCAAUCCACCUCUUGCGCACUGCGUCACAGUGGCAAGCUGCGGGAACAUUGUGGCCUGUGCAGCGGAGGAUGGACACGUGCACCUGAUGCGAAUUGGCAGCGGCUCCAAGCUGGACCAGCAGGGGGCGUUCAAGGCCCACAGUCAGGGAGUCUCGCAGGCCCACUUUCUCAGCUUCUUACCCCACCCGUACUGGCUGGCUACUGGGGGCAACGACGGCCUGGUGGCCCUCUGGGACCUCAGCCAGAACCAGGUAGUCACUUGUGAAGAUAAGGCCAAGCCACAAGCAGUACCAGCCAACCGCAGAAGACCCAAGGCCAGAGCUAAAGCCAAACUCCAGUCCCAGGCUAAGCCUAAAGCCCAGGAGGAAAAGGAGACUGUGGAGGGAGAGGAAAAAAAGGAAGAGGGUGUGGAGGGCAGCAGCAUGGGUCAGUCACCAGGCACAGAGGAGUCCCUGAAGACAGGCCCGAAGCUCAGCUUCAACCAUGGGGACAAGGUGAACUGGGUGUGUCCUGCUCUGCUUAGAGGGAAGCCAAGCCUGGUGGUGGCUGACCAGAGCCCUAACCUGACGGUGUACUCCCUUGCGGGCCUGUAGAACUGUGUAUACUUCACUGUUAGAUGGGUAGUAGAUGGGUCUUUUUACAGAAUUUUGCUGUCUAGUUUAUAGUAUCAUCAGCCUGGCUGUUCACUAUCUAGCUGGGCUAUAGGACAGCUGUUAAGUGUGACAGAAACAUUGUAAGCCAGGUAUGUGCUCACUCUCUAAUUAAUCGUAACUGACCGAAAAUGCCCCAAUAUACUUUUGGGCAGAGGUGUAAAAAGUACAAAGUAAAAGUACUCAACUGGGUUCGGCUGUGUUCACCACUUUUGGGAAGUAUCUAAU